AUGUUUAUCCAACCUCAAAAAGACUAUGGACUUACUUGUCAAACUAGGCUUCAAGUUAAAUCUAGAAAAGAGUGUUCUCGAACCAACUCAAUCAAUUACUUUUCUCGGAUUACAAAUCGAUUCGGUAUCAAUGAAGCUUCUUGUUCCCAAAGAAAAGAAGAAAAGUGUCAUCAAAGAAAUAAGAAACUUUUUAAAACUAGAUUGUUGCUCCCCAAGAAAGCUUGCUGGUUUAAAAGGAAAGUUAAUCGCACUGAAAGAUGCAGUCAUCCCAUUCAGACUUUACACUCGUCGAACAAACAAGUUUCACUCUCAGUGUCUGACUCUAGCCAAUGGAGAUUGGGAUCAAUCAUUCCCCAUUCCUCAAGAGGUCAAGUCAGAGAUUUCACAUUGGUUAACAGUUCUAAACCAAUGGAAUGGAAAAGAAAUCAGUCUGUUUCCAAGUUACGACUAUGUUCUUACAACCGAUGCCUCGGAAUCAGGUGCAGGUGCCACACUCAAGAAAGGAAACAAGGUAAUCAAAACUUGGUCAUUCCAGUGGUCAACAACUCAAUCAAACAUGUCGUCAAAUCGUCGAGAAAUGCUCGCGCUGCUAAUGGCCUAUCAAGCGCUAUGUCGGAAACUGAACAACUGCAAGCUGAAGAUUCAAACCGACAACACUACCACUCUCUCUUACAUCAAUCGCCAGGGUGGUCAGAUACAGGAUCUCUCAGUUCUAUUCGAACAACUAUGGAAACAAUGCCUCAAGAAGAAAGUGAACUUGAUUGGAGAGCAUAUUCCAGGAUUCUUCAAUGUAAAAGCCGACUACCUCAGUCGUCUUUCAGAGAUGAAUCACAAAUCAUCGACCAGAGUAAUCAAGAGUUACAACUGGCAACUGAAGAAGGAAGUGUUCAAUCGCAUCCAACUCCAAUUCGGUCAAAUACAGAUGGAUCUGUUCGCAUCUCAUCUCAACCAUCAAACGAACAACUACUCAACAAUCAGAAUGAAUGCACUCCACCUCGAUUGGAGUCAAUGGAAGCAAUGUCUAGCCUUCCCACCACCCAUUCUUUUGCCUUCUAUCCUGGAGAAGAUGAAUUCAUCCAGUUCGAAGAAGGUUUCUAUAAUACUGAUCUUCCCAAUCUGGAGAUCAGCAACUUGGUAUCCGAUGAUUCAAGCUCAAGUUCCUCGUCAUCAUCGUCACAUGUUUCCUCAAAUACUGGGAACAUUCCAAGAAGUAUUGACCAAACAAUCAGUAGAGUCGAUACCAAUCCAGAUUCAACAACGUUGGAAGCUGGGGAUUAUUCAACUUUCCAAUCUCAUGUAAUGUCAUUCGCUCGUACAACAAAUACAAAAACAGCUGAGCUGUUAAUGAAGUCUUGGGAACCUUCAACUCUCAAAGUAUAUAGCUCCAGUUAUACAAGAUUCCGCAAUUUCUGUACUUUGAACUCUUUGAAUCCAGCAAACAUUACCUUAGUUGUUUUCAUGGAUUAUCUUACACAUCUGUUCAAGCACAAACCUCCGUUAGCCUUCUCAACAAUUAACGGUCAUCGCUCUAUGUUGAAUCAGUUGUUACUCCUUAGGAAUCAAACUGAUAUUGUUAAUGAUCCAUUCAUUACAAGAAUUAUGACUGGUAUUCACAAGUUGCGCCCUUCAUCAGCAAAGUAUAAAGAGAUAUGGGAUGCAAAUCAAGUAUUCAAGCACUUAUCUACUAUCAAAGUCAUCCCUAAGUACACAUACACUUAA